UGGGGAUCGCGGUGGGUCCUAGGCAGCAGGGCCGCGUGCGCAGGCGUGGAGCGCCCCAGCGGGGGCGGGUUCUUAAAGGGGCCGCAGCGGACGAUCGGGGAGUCGGCGGAAACCCGGGGUCCCCGGGAGUGGGAGUGGGUGAGAAUCGUGAGGUUGCGGCGGAGUCCCUCAUACCCCUGCCCCGGGGUGGGGAUAGGUACUGGGACCCCGAGGACCUUGGACCGCAGCCGGAGGGCCCACCCCGAGCGCCUCAGUGGAAGCGCCUCCCGGUCCCCAGCCCACAACGCUAUGGCUCACGUCGGCUCUCGCAAGCACUCGAGGAGUCGCAGCCGGUCCCGGGGGCGAGAGUCGGAAAAGAAAAGGAAGAAGAGCAGUAAGGAUGCUCCGAGGAGCUGCUCCGCUUCUAGAUCCCAUGGCCGCAAGGCCAGCGCCACGUCCUCUGGGCCGGAGGAGAGAAGCAAACACAAGGCCCGGAGGAGACCACGGUCCAGCCCCUCCUCCUCUUCUUCCAGUUCUUCUAGCUCCUCUUCCUCCUCGUCGUCCUCCUCUUCCUCCAGCGAUGGCCGGAAGAAGCGGGGGAAGCACAAGGACAAGAAGAGGAAGAAGAAGAAGAAAAGGAAGAGGAAGCUGAAGAAGAAAGGCAAGGAGAAGACGAAGGUGCAGCCGCCUGAGGCUCUGCCGGGACCCUCGCUGGACCAGUGGCACAGAUCAGCUGAGGAGGAAGAGGACGGCCCAGUCCUGACGGACGAGCAGAAGUCCCGCAUCCAGGCCAUGAAGCCCAUGACCAAGGAGGAGUGGGAUGCACGGCAGAGCGUCAUCCGCAAGGCGGUGGACCCACAGACGGGGCGGACCAGGCUCAUUAAAGGAGACGGCGAGAUCUUAGAGGAAAUCGUAACCAAGGAGCGACACCGGGAGAUCAACAAGCAAGCCACCCGAGGGGACGGCCUGGCCUUCCAGAUGCGAGCAGGGUUGCUGCCCUGAGAGCCCCGUUAGCUGAGGUCCGUGGACAGUGUCGGUGGCAUGACAGGGUGGGCAGCAGGAAGCCCGAUGGGUGCUGCUUGCCUCUUCUGUGUACUGGCCUCUUCUCAGAUGUAGGGGUGGAGGGGUCACUGUCCUAAUCAGCUCCCCCAUCUCCUGGAAGAGCGCACCUUCCCACGUAUUAAAUGGACCCUGGUUGGAGA